AUGGCAGCACCACGAGUUCGAGGAAAGCCCACUCGAGUUUCAGGCGAAGGAUGGCUUUCAUUCCUAACUGACCCAAAGAAGCGACAGGAUUCCCUUAUUGAAUUGUUCCACCUUCUCUUGGCCAUCCUUCUCUUUGUGUUCUUCGUCGUUGUUGGUCACAAAUCAGGAUUCAUCAAUUGGUAUCUUCGAGUGGUCCAUGAGAUUUUGGAGUCAACCUGA